CUGAUUCUAGUACAACAUCAGCUGUCUCAUUUACAAGAUCUUUGGCCAUCUGAUUUUUUUUGGUGGGUUGAAAGGUAUGAUCUGUGAUAUUUGUUACCAAGAAGUGUUAUAGACACUGCUGACACAGAUCAGAUAAGAAACUGGGUCAGCUGACAAGAUAUUCCCUGUAAGGCUACCUCCCUGUAACAUUCUGUGUCUCCUUCUGUUUGAGGGAUUUUCUGAGCAUGGCUUGUAGUCUACUGUACAGUUUCAUUUGCAAUUAUUGGAAAGUUCUUUCUCUCUCUUAAAAAAAAAAAAGGAGGAAGAAUAUGUUUAAAUCACAUUUCUCUUUAAAGCAGGGAAAAAAAAGUAAAACUAUUUAGUAUUUCAUUUCUCAAAGCUUGGCAGUUUUCAUGUAUUGCUCUGUCAGGAGCCUUGUCUUUUCAUUUGGCUUCUUUUCUGAUUACAGAUUAUUCAUUUAUGGAUGGGCAGCUGUAGAAACUUGCUUCUUGCGUAUGCAAAUUAAUCAUGGUAAUGUUUAUCAUAAGGAGAUUUUGUGGCAGUGGAAAAGGGUUUGUGUCAACAUGUUCUUGAUUUCAGUUGUAUCUUCGUCUACAGAUGGAAUUGGCCUCCUUGCUUUACCUUCAGUGGAUUUUUUUUUUUUUUUGCCAUUUACCUCUUGGACUAGACACUGCUCACUAAGCAAGCUGUUUGAUUCACUUACAGAUCAUGAUUUUGGAAGGAGCUGGCAGGAUGAGUAUCAAUUCCAGCAGCAAUCUACUCCACCAGCAGCCUUCCUGGACAGACGGAUAUUCCACAUGCAAUGUAUCCAGUAGCUUCUAUGGAACCCAGUGGCAUGAAAUACACCCGCAGUACUGGACUAAGUUUCAAGUCUGGGAGUGGCUGCAGCACCUCCUUGAUACGAACCAACUGGAUGCCAACUGCAUACCUUUCCAGGAGUUUGACAUCAAUGGGGAACAUCUGUGUAGUAUGAGCCUGCAGGAAUUCACCCAGGCAGCUGGGACAGCAGGACAACUGCUUUACAGCAACCUCCAGCACCUAAAAUGGAACGGUCAGUGUGGAAGUGACAUGUACCAAUCUCAUAAUGUCAUUGUGAAGACAGAGCAAACAGAUCCAUCAUUAAUGGUGUCCUGGAAAGAAGAGAAUUAUCUUUAUGACAGUGGCUAUGGUAGCACAGUAGAGUUAUUGGACAGUAAAACAUUCUGUCGUGCUCAGAUUUCCAUGAUGACACCUAGUCACCAAUCUUCUGACUCUUCAGAUGCAAAAAAAUCGCAAGAUCAUACCCCAAAGUCCCACACCAAGAAGCACAACCCUCGAGGAACUCAUCUUUGGGAAUUUAUUAGAGAUAUUCUUCUCAAUCCUGAGAAAAACCCAGGAUUAAUCAAGUGGGAAGACCGGUCAGAAGGUGUCUUCAGAUUUUUAAAAUCUGAAGCUGUGGCUCAGCUGUGGGGAAAGAAGAAAAACAACAGCAGCAUGACUUAUGAGAAACUCAGCCGGGCUAUGAGAUACUAUUACAAAAGAGAAAUCCUUGAGCGUGUGGAUGGUCGGAGAUUAGUAUAUAAAUUUGGAAAGAAUGCCCGUGGUUGGAGAGAAAAUGAAAAUUAA